GCCGCACCGGCAAGCGCCGCGCUAACCUGUACCCAUGCAGUGGCGAAAACUGACCAGGUUGAAGUCUUCGCCGGGCGGACAGUCGCGCGCUCGGAGGAUGCUCUGCUGCGGCCGCAGGAAGGAGAACGGGCGCGCGGCGCCGGACCUGACGGCGUCACCCGGGCGCGCGCCACCCGGCCCGCAGCAGCCGCUGCGCGCCAACCACGCUCCGCCCUGCGUGCUGCAGCCAGACUUCCGCAAGGUAUCAGGUGUAAGCAAUGAAAUAUUCAGGCAGAUUGAAAUGGUCGAGAAUGAUCACGACGCGACCACGGCCGCGGCGCUCGAGGCGGUGGAGCGCCGCGGCGAGAUGAUCGUGCGGAUACUUGAAUUGAGACAAAUAGGCCGCAACAAUAUAGAAGCCGCCAAGAAAUUUUUCGCACUACAGGACUCACGCCACAUAGUUCAACUAGUGGAAAUUGUUAAACGUCCCGGCCAAACUUUGGGGUUAUAUAUCAGGGAAGGUGACGGUGGCACCCGGUCUGAUGGAGUUUUCAUAUCUCGGAUAGCACUGGAAUCAGCCGUGUACAACAGUGGGUGUCUGAAGGUUGGAGAUGAGAUCCUUGCCGUGAAUUUGGUAGAUGUUAGGAGAAUGUCACUUGAUGACGUGGUCAUCAUUAUGUCGAUACCUAGAAGACUACUAUUAUGCACGAGACAAAGGAAAGGUAAAUCAGUGCCUGGUUCGCCAUCGUUACUUCGCACGGAGCACAAACCACCGCCAGUUGUGGUACUAAAAAGGGAUUGUCGCGAUGAUGAAGACAGAGAUCGCCUUGACGGCAGAGAUGGUCUUUAUUCACAACAUGGUACACUACGAUCUACCGGAGGACCUGGCGGUGGUGUUCGACCGGUGGGCGAUGGCAGAGAAGAAAGAAGUCGAUUGCAACUUGGUGGUUUGUCACCCGAUUCUACAGCCUUAGACUUAUAUUACAACUCGCGGCCUCCAUCUGAUCAUUCUACGUGGAGCUAUAGGCCUCCACCGCCAGUGAUAACAGAACAACCAAAAUCAUCAGCGACACACUUUGUACCUUACGAGCGAUCCUAUCCCAACACAUUAGACAGCCUUGCUGAGAAAGUUCAUUCGUACUACCCUUCUGAUACUGGCAGCGAUGGUUACCAUUGGUUACCGCAUUUCAGUACACGGUUUGGUGGGAGAGUACCUCGUUCUGGUUCGGAACAGCAACUACCAAGAGCGGAAACACAUUCGGACUUCGGGCGUCAUUCACUGCUACGGUCAAGUUUGAAAGCUUCUGCGGCAACUGGAGCAUCGAGCAUAGCGAGAUACAAUCAACGAUACGGAGUAAUUGGUGGAACGGGCCUGACGGGCUCUGGUCUCACUGGUACGGGCCUAACUGGGACUGGACUUGGUGGACAUGGUCUGCCUUCUGGUUUAUCAACUACAGGACUUAGUGGACUGACUGGUUCAAGCUUAGUGGGAUCAGGGUUGGCUAGUUCUGGUCUUGGUUCAGGAUUGACGGGCAGUGGAUUAAGCUCAACACUUGGAACAGGUUACGGAACUACUGGUUUGGGAUUAUCUUCAUACAAUAGCAAAUUUGGUACAUCGAGAAGGAAUCGAAGUUUAGAUUAUUCAUCUGAUACUGAAGCUACAGCGCCGACAAGAACGCCAUAUUAUUCAGGUCUCAGCGGAUACAGGAGUAGUACCUUGGGAAGAGACAUUGGAUCGAAGUUCAAUUCAUUGCCAAGAGAUGUAAGGGGAACGGGACAGAGAUUAGGCCUAAGCAGACGAGCAGGAAGUGUUCUUCACGAUGAACCAGAACCAUUAUCUUCACGCCUAGAUCUACGUUCUUCCAGAGGCCGUUUGCCAUCAUCACCAUCAGUGUUUACAUCAGAUGAAUAUCGUGCGUGGUUGUCGCGGGCUCCAUCGACUAGUGCGCUCUAUGAGACGUUACGUCCACGACUUCCUACUCAUUUUUCAGCAGAAAAUAUUCACGAUGCACUUAAAAAUAUGGAAAGCGGUAGUCGGUUUGGUUCUACUCUUGGAUUGGCUGGCCGAGCAGGAAGAAUGGAACGGCCUCGUCAUUUACCUGCAAGAUCUCUGUCGUCGCAACAAUUGGGCCCUACAGGAGGCUCACCUUCUGCCCGCCGCGUAAGGCAGUUGCUUGAACUGGGAUCAAGAUUCAAUUGCCCCAAUCCGAGUCCGGUGCCGACUCCAAGCUCGCGACAUCAGCGACACCUCGAUAUCAAUCCUAGUGAGUUCCUAAAGUAUAAAGUGGAAAAGCCAGCUGCCGGCGGGUUGUCCUCCUCCAUGACUGGUCUGUCCCGGUUGGCGGGCGGAAUAUCGGGCCUAUUGUGGGUACAUCUAUUAGCUGGACGUGGACUGCGACAUGGGCCAUCAGGCGCUUCUCCUGGUUCCCCACCUUCUGGUCCACUUGCGCCGGCACAUCCUCCUUCAGCCCCUAGAGAUCUUUAUUGCGUACUGGAAUGCGACAGAGUGCACAAAGCAAGAACUGUGGUGCGCACCGGCGAACUGCAGUUUGACUGGGAUGAAGCAUUUGAGUUAGACUUGGUGGACAACAGGCAGCUGGACGUUUUGGUGUACUCAUGGGACCCACAACAUAGGCACAAGCUGUGUUAUCGCGGAGCUGUUACCCUACCUGACCUGCUAUCUAGAGCUGCUUCUCAUCAACUUGCUAUCAAGAUGGAGCCUCGAGGCACACUCUAUGUACGCAUACGACACACAGAUCCCCAUGAAUUAUUCCGUCGAAGACCAGCAGCGCCUCGAUUAUCUCUUCCUCCAUUGUUUGGAGCUGAGCUAGAAGCGGUUGUUGCGAGGGAAGUUAGGCCUCCACACAUGCCUCCAGUACCAAUCAUCGUAAGACGGUGUGUGGAAGAAAUAGAACGACGAGGUUUAGACAUUAUUGGCCUUUACCGACUUUGUGGUUCAGCAAACAAGAAACGCAUCCUCAGAGAAGCAUUUGACCGCAAUGCGCGGGGCGUUGAACUGAGCCCCGACUCCGUACCAGACAUUAAUGUGAUCACGGGCCUGCUGAAAGACUAUCUACGAGAGCUACCACAGCCACUGUUUAGCAAGUGCUUGUACCAGAUGACAGUUGAUGCUUUGGGAGUAUGUCUACCUGACGACAAAGAAGGCAACGCGCGUCUCAUGGCCUCAAUAGUGGAAUGCUUACCUCGUGCGGCAAGAUCGACUCUGGUCUUCCUCUUAGACCACUUAGCUCUCGUUGUAGCCGCACAGGACCGCAACAAGAUGUCUCCAAAUCACCUUGCGGUGGCCCUAGCUCCACCGCUGAUGUUGCAUUCUCAACCUCCGGCAGAGUUGGACUAUCAGAGGCCGAUUCAAGUACUUCAGUGUCUCCUGCAGAUCUGGCCACCUCCGAAACGUUCAGUUCGGCGCGGCGAGCCAGCACUCGGGCUGCGUGGAAGCAGAGCCAGUGCGUCGCCAGCGGUCUCACUCAUCGUCCCCCAAGGCCGAGUUCCGCCCUCAGUCAGUCCAUAUCGGCCUCCAGCGGUAGCAUCAGCAGCAUCUCCGCCGCCAGCUCUCUCGGGUCGGCCCGGAACCGACCGCUCGCCGCCCGCACAUGUUCUCUCAUCAGUCAGGGGCGGCCAAUAUCGUCCGCAGUCGCCGCUGCGCGGCCCUCUGCCCGCUCCACCUCGCUCCCGGCAAGUAACGCUGUCUUCGCCCGGAUCGCCUAGUAGCAGCUCGGGCAGCCACAGCCCGGCCGACACGAUCAAGCACGGUGGCUCGGUGUCGUCUAUACUGCGACAGCCAGAGCGGUCGUCUGCGGCGACGUCUAGCCCGCGGCACUCGCCGCGAUCGUCGCCCCGCGCCUCCCCGCGCGACUCCCCGCGCUCGCCGCGCUCCACGCCGCGCGAGAGCCGCGACAGCACGCCGCGAGACGGGUCGCGCGACUCGCCGCGGUCCGUGAUCCCGGGAACUUCUGCGGGACUGGCCGUGACCCUCAACGCCGAGGCGCGCGGCGCGGCGGGCGCGCUCAGUCCACGCUACAGCUCCACCAACCCGUUCCUGCAGGCGUACGACGCGGAGGAGGAAGCGGAGGCGUGGCGCGCCACCGAUAUCUUUUCGCCACCCGCGCACACAUAGUGCUCAUAGCGAAUUGAGAUUUUCUAGUCAAUUUUUUUAUCGAAUCGAAAGAGUGCUACGAUUCCGCUGUAUAUUAUGUUAUUUAUCGACGAGCGUGGUGCGCGUUCGUGUAAUGUUUGUUAUAUAUAGAGCGAGUUACG